AUGACACGAGAGGAGAGGCGCAGCAGAAAACGGUUUGCAGUGAAGACCAUUGCCGACCAGACGGCCAAGGGCAAGGUCGUCGUGCUCGACAUUGAGAUGGAGGGCGUCAAGCAGGUCCAGAAGAGCGACAUCGACGCCCGCUACGUCUUCGUCGCGCCCCCCUCGGCCGACGAGCUCGAGCGCCGCCUGCGCGGCCGCGGUACCGAGUCCGAGGCGAGCAUCCAGAAGCGCCUGACCCAGGCCAAGGUUGAGCUGGCCUACGCCGAGACGGGCGUCCACGACAAGGUCAUCAUCAACGAGGACCUCGAGACGGCCUACAAGGAGCUCGAGGAUUUUGUGUACAAGGCAUGA